CAGCUGCCGUUAAACCUCAAAGAAGAAGAAGCAACGGUUGGCCAUUAUUUCUCUCAACAACAAGGAGGUGAAGCCGUGUUCUGGCUGACAAAGUGACGAAUAUGCGCUCACUUGUCGGUCUAAUCGCUGUUGUUGCUGCAGCCAGCUUGUACCUGUAUUCACUGUCCCUGUAUCUUCCUGCGGCACCGCGGCGACGUCCUCAUCCAACUGCCGAGAGAAAACAUGUGGAGACAGCGGUGUCCACUGACAGCUCCGAAGAACCCAGCAGCAGGUUGAAGUUCCCCUCAGAUCUGGAGGAGCUGAGGGAACUGGCUGAGCUUCUGCAGUUUUACAAGACAGAGCACACUGGCUAUGUCCUGCUACUCUUCUGUAGUGCAUAUCUCUACAAGCAGUCCUUUGCCAUUCCUGGAUCCUCAUUCCUGAACAUUUUAGCAGGAGCUAUAUUUGGACCAUAUCAAGGACUGCUGCUUGCCUCUGUGCUCACCACUGUGGGGUCCACCAUGUGCUACCUCCUGUCCCAGGCCUUUGGAAAGCGCUACAUUGUUACCCUCUUCCCUGAUAAAGUCUCCAUGCUACAGAGGAAGGUUGGGGAGAACCAGGACCGUUUGCUCUUCUUUCUGCUCUUCCUGAGAUUCUUUCCCAUGACUCCCAACUGGUUUCUGAACAUGUCUGCCCCUAUUGUCAACAUCCCCAUCACCUCCUUCUUCUGCUCAGUCUUCAUUGGCCUCCUGCCGUAUAACUUCAUCUGUGUACAGACGGGCGUCAUGCUGUCUGAGGUGGCGUCGCUGGAUGACUUGUUCUCCUGGGAGAGGUUGCUGCAGCUGCUGGCCAUCGCCUGCAUGGCUCUGCUGCCCGGCGCCCUCAUCCGCCGCUUCAGUCAGAAGCGUCUCAAACUGGAUGUCCAAUCGCAGAAUGGGCUCAUCACAGAUAAGAAGGUCCAGUGAUUUGUUCUGGGAAUUAAUUUGUUCCCUUGGUGCUUUAAUGCCAUCUGCCCUCACGAGUGAAUGUAUUUAAAGAAAAACUUUGCCCGCACAAGUGUAAAGGUUUCUUUUAUCUGGAGUCCUUUACUGUUCUGCAGCCAUCUGGAGAUGGAGAGCUUUUAGGAAAAAAUAAGACUGGCACAGUGGGAUUUGAUGCCAAGUUUUUUUUAUGUAACCAAAUGUUGGUGUUUUUGUGCCACAACUUUGUUUGGGCACAGUAUGUAUAUAGAUGUAUGAAUGUACAGUAAUCAUAUGGAGAGAGGGAAGGAAUUUAAGGAGACUUUGCUCUUGCACUGUUAUCAUACAGUAAUGAGUACUGCUUCAAUGUAAACAGCUAGCGUUUCAAGUGCCUGUCACGCAGUGAAAGACUGUUUGAAACUUCUACCUCCAACAUGGACUUGUGGAAAAGUUCAUUUAACAGCCUACUCAUGUUUGUUGUUGCUGGAUGGUUAAGAUGAUUGUUUUUUUGGGUUUGUGAUGUAAAUUAUUUGAUUUGUAACUGAAAUGCGUAUCUUGUUUGACAAUCACAUUUUGCAAUUUAUAAAUUGUAAUACAGUAUAUUGGACAGUUUUUACUAUUUUUAAACUUUGAACUCAAAGUUUUUCAAAUUGCGUAAUUUGGCCUCAGUCUUUUUGAGUAACCAAUUGAAUUACAUCAUGGUUUUUGUGACUAAAUGUCAUGAUAUCUAAUCAGCUGGAUUCUUAUCUGAAAGGGAAGGUGCAGCUAAUUCAGGCAGUGUGAGGCCCCUGUUAAAUCAAAACUUAAUAUUACUUCCUUUGCUGCCUCUUUUCACAGUCCGUGUGUCUUUUGUACAGUAAGGGUCCAACGCUGAACAAAGUGUUAUUUUAAAACUCUUUCUUCAUGUGGGUUAAGAUGUAAAAUGUUCUGUCAGCUUUCUGUUUCUUCAAAGAUGUAAAGGUGUAAUGUACAUUUGUGGUGUCUCAGAUCACAAUCAAUGUGAAACCUUUUUAUUUUAGGUGAAAAAACUUGAUGAUAGAUAAAAUAUAAAAA